CGCGCGAGCUACAGAACGAGUGAAGGGAAUCAAGAUGGCGGACCUCGAAGAUGUUACGCUGGACGGGAGGCCGCUGCAUUCGCUCCGGGUAGCGGACUUGAAAGCUGCAUUGGAAGAGCGAGGGCUUCCGAAGAGCGGACAGAAAAAUGCCCUCAUCAAGAGACUCAAAGGGGCUCUCAUGCUGGAGAACCUUCAGAAAACCUCUACUCCGCACAUUGGCCUGCAGCCUAACUCCCGGAUCGGGGAGGAAAUGAGUCAGAAUAGCUUCAUUAAGCAGUACCUGGCCAAACAGCAAGAGCUUCUGAGACAGCGUUUGGAAAAAGAGGCACGAGAGGCAGCUGAAACUGAUGGAACAGACCGUGACGACCACUCAGAGUCCAAUGAUAAUAUCCAUGCUGCCUCUAACCAGGAUGUUGCUUCCUCCUUAGUCGAUCAGAACCAGGGAAGUGCAGCAGUUGCCGGAGGAUUUGCGGUCACAGAGAGCGAAAGUGAAAAAGAAAUGCCUGGACAGCCGUCCCUGUCUGCAGCUGCCCAUUCCCGUCCAAGAGCUUCAUCUGUGCGACUUCGUGGUGAAAGAGAGCCGACAUCAAGUCAUGUACCAGCAGAAAGUGAUGAUGACAGUGAAGCUGGGGAUGAUGAGGAGGAGGAGGAGUGGAACGCCAGGCCUCAACGGAGUCGCCGAGCACAGCCACCAAAAAGUCAACCGGUGAGGACAAGAUCCAGUGGCUCGCAGCAGCAGCAGCAGCCACCCCCCCAACACAUACCUUUACUGUCACAGCAGCUCAGACAUCCAACUCCUCCCCCAUCCCCUCCUCCUGAACUUUCUUUCCCACUCCCAGACACCCCUAAACAGAGUCCCCCUAGUCCUGGAGAGUCCCCAUCUAGGCAGCGCAUAUCUAGCUCUUCAAGUUCUGGUAGUUCCAGUAGUGACAGUCGUAGCAGUAGUCCUGAACCAGCAAGUGACACCACAGAACGCAGACCAGGUCCUUUAACCUUACUGGCACGCAAGAUGGCCUCUGAGAGAGCUUACUCUGGAGCAGGAAAGCGUGAUAGGGAAGCAGUGGAUUUACAAAGAAGCCACCAAGAGGGAGUUGUGUCCGCAAUUACACACACAGCUAAUGCAGCGUCAGUUCUCUCACACCCUAGUUCAGUCAUCUCCAACCAAGGUGUUAGUGUCGUUAGGGCCGCUGUGAUGGAAGCGAGUGAUGGCAUUAAGCAGGAUGAAGGUCUUUUAUAGCGGGAACAAGAGAGGCUGAAAGCCCUAGAGAAAGAGGAGGAAGGGAGAGGCAUUGGAAAAGAGCGAGCACAAGCUUUGGAACGGGAAGAAAAAACGAGAAGAAGCUUUGAAACACGAGAAGGAGAUGGCUUACAGAGAGAAAGGGAAGAGAUGGAGAGACUGGAGAGGGAACGCUUAGAAAGAGAGAGAGCAUUAGAGCAAGAACGACUCGAACGAGAGAGCAAAAAAAAAGAGAAACUAGAAAGAGAGAGGCUGGAGAAGGAAAGACAAGAACGAGAAACAAGCCUUAGAGAGGGAGAGGCUCAGCAAGAAAGACUUGAGAAAGAAAGACAAGAACGAGAAGAAGCCCUAGAGAGGGAGAGAUUGGAGAGAGAGCGGCUUGAGAAGGAAAGACUAGAACGAGAAGAAGCUCUAGAGAAGGAGAGACUGGAAAAGGAGAGGUUAGAGAAGGAAAGGCGAGAAAAAGAAGCUGCUUUAGAGAGGGAGAGAUUGGAGAGGGAGCGCCUUGAGAAGGAAAGACAAGAAAAGGAAGCUCUAGAGAGGGAGAAAUUGGAGAAGGAGCGGUUGAGAAGGGAAAGACAAGAAAAGGAAGCUCUAGAGAGGGAGAAAUUGGAGAAAGAGCGUCUUGAGAAGGAAAGACGGGAAAAAGAAGCUCUAGAGGAGAGAUUGGAGAAAGAGCGCAUUGAGAAGGAAAGACAAGAAAAAGAAGCUCUAGAGAGGGAGAGAUUGGAGAAAGAGCGCCUUGAGAAGGAAAGACAAGAAAAGGAAGCUCUAGAGAGGGAGAAAUUGGAGAAAGAGCGUCUUGAGAAGGAAAAAAGAGAAAAAGAAGAAGCUCUUGAGAGAGAGAGGUUGGAGAAAGAGCACCUUGAGAAGAAAAGACAAGAGAAAGAAGCUCUAGAGAGGGAGAGAUUGGAGAAGGAGCGUCUUGAGAGAAAAAGAGAAAAAGAAGAAGCUCUUGAGAAGGAGAGAUUGGAAAAAGAGCGCAUUGAGAAGGAAAGACUAGAAAAAGAAGCUCUGGAGAGGGAGAGAUUGGAGAAAGAGCGCCUUGAGAAAGAAAGACAAGAAAAAGAGCUCUAGAGAGGGAGAGAUUGGAGAGGAGAGCGUCUUGAAAAAGAAAGAAAAGAACAAGAAGCUCUAGAGAGGGAGAGAUUGGAAAAGGAGAAGCUUGAGAAGGAAAGACAAGAAAAAGAAGCUCUAGAGAGGGAGAGAUUGGAGAAAGAGCGCCUUGAGAAGGAAAGAAAAGAACAAGAAGCUCUAGAGAGAGAAAAAUUGGAAAAGGAGAAGCUUGAGAAGGAGAGCGAGAACAAGCUCUAGAGAAGAAGAUUGGAGAAGGAGCGUCUUGAGAAGAAAAGAAAAGAACAAGAAGCUCUAGAGAGAGAGAAAUUGGAGAAGGAGCGUCUUGAAAAGGAAAAAAGAGAAAAAGAAGCUAUAGAAAGGGAGAGAUUGGAGAAAGAGCGUCUUGAAAAGGAAAGGACAGAACGAGAACAAGCCAUAGAAAGGGAAAGGCAGGAGAAAGAAGAGCGAGAAAGAGAGGAAACUUUAGAAAAGGAGCGAGAAGAGCAGGAAAGGCUAGAGAAAGAGAGGGCUUUGGAAAAAGAAAGAGAAGCUGCUCUGGAACGUGAAAAACAGGAGCAAGAAAGACUUGAGAAAGAGAAAGCUUUGGAAGAAGAACGACUACAAAAAGAGCAAGCUCUUGAACAUGAGAGAGAGGCUCAGAGAAAAAAAGAAGAGGAGCGAAAACGAGCAUUGGAAAAACAGAAAGAGGAGCAGGAGAGAGCUUUAAAAGAAGAAGAGGAGGAGAGGGAAAAACUUUUGAAGAGUUCACAUGAAAAGCCAGAUGAGAGCAAGACUGGAGAACUUCAAAGCAUCAGCAAAGAUAAUCAGUCGUCAGAGCCUGUCCCACAAAAGUCGCCCACACUUGCAACACCGCCGUCCCAUCAAUCUUCCUCCAAAAAGUCCCGCUUUCUUAGAGAUGCUCCCGUGAUGGCUCCUCUCCCGUCCUCUGCAGCUUCUGUGCUAAAGAGACCUCGUACUUUCUCAGACAGCCCGCAGCCACGUGCCCCCUCAAUUCCAACAGAUUCUAAAUCUAGAGAACCAGUGCAAGAAGAUGCUGAUCAGGCACCUCAAACAUUAAUCUUGACUUCAGGGCCCCAUGACCCUGAAAGCAAGACUCCUGAGGUGGCUGUCAAACAAAGUGUACCACAAGAAAAUAUUAAGUCUUCAGAGGACAGCGAAGCAAGCAAAGACACAAAACAUAAGACGCUCACAGGAGUUGAGCAUGAGAAGAAAUCUUUAACGCCAGAAGAAGAAAAGAAAAGAGGACGGGGAAGGGAAAAGAAGGUGGAGAAAAGAGAAAGAAAGUCAUCAUCCUCCAGUGAUUCCUCCUCAUCCGACUCAGAUUCUGGAUCCUCAUCCUCACGCUCCUCCAGUUCUUCGUCAUCCUCAUCGUCAUCCUCAUCAGAGGAGGAAAAAAGCUGUUCCACGUCAGGUGGUAGGAGGUCUGAAGAGGUCAAAAGGGAUUCUUCAUCUCAGCCCACAGAAAAAGUUUGUCAGACUGUGGCUGAAAAGCCUCCUGCACCUCAGCGCAAAAAACGAGUCUUUACAGAGGAAGAGGAGAAAGAUGUGAACAAUGAAGUCAUCCAAAACAAGAAACCCUGUCUUGAACUACAGGAUGAGAAGGAGACAAAGGAGGAUAUUGAGGAAGAUGCUGACACUAACAAAGACACUACCGGUAGUGAGGUGAAGGAGGCUGUCAUGUCAGAACCUGAGAAGGUUGCAGAGAGCGGCGAGGAGAGCACCAUGGCAAAGACCUUCUCAGCCAGAAGGAUUUCCAUUAGCAGCAGCAAAGCGUCUCCUGGGGUGGUGAGUUCAGAGGGGGAAGCAGAGACCGCAAGCAGUGCUGGUGCUGGCAGGAAGAGGAGAUGGGGCUCCAGUACAGCUGUCACUGCCAAGAAACCCUCCAUCAGCAUCACCACAGACUCUUUGAAGUCUUUAAUACCAGACAUCAAGCCUAGUGUGGGUCAGGAGGCAGUGUUAGACCUGCAUCCAGAGGAGAUGCAUCUUUCUGGGGAAGAGGAAGGAGGGGAAAGGGGUGACCAAGACCUGAAAAUCAGGCGAACUGUAACACAGAUUGUGCCCUCAGAGACUCAAGAGAAUGGACAGAAAGAACCCAAAAGAAGUGAUCAUGAGGAUGAGGAAGAAACGAGUGAAGGGCGAGACAGAAUUAGCCAGGAGGAAAAAACUGAAGGCUCACUUCAGGUUUCCAUGGAGACAGAGCCAUCAUCCCCUGGGCGAGAUGUGGAUAUGAAGACAGUUUCUCCCAGUGACACUCGAAUUCGCCGUUCCAUUAGCCAGCAGAAGUCGGGUGUGAGCAUCACGAUUGAUGAUCCUGUCCGCACAGCCAAACAGCCCUCUCCUCCUCGCAGCAAGCUGUCUAAUAUCAUCCAUGUCUGCAACCUGGUGAGGCCGUUCACCCUGGGUCAGUUAAAGGAGCUGUUGAACCGCACAGGAACUGUAGUGGAGGAAAGUUUCUGGAUCGACAAGAUUAAAUCUCACUGUUAUGUCACAUACUCAAGUGCAGAAGAGGCUAUGGCCACUCGUACAGCACUGCAUGGUGUAAAAUGGCCCCAGAGCAACCCUAAAUUCCUCAGUGUUGACUUCUGUACGCAAGAUGAGUUGGACUUCCACAGGGGUUUGGGUCCAGCAGGAGAAAAGCCACCAGAAGAUAUCCGUGGGGCAGCAGCUGCUGGGCCUGGCCGUCCGAUGCCAGUGCCACUCCUGCCAGAGCGGGACCAGUGGGCGGAACGUGAACGGGAAAUGGAAAGGCGAGAGCGAGCACGUGCAGAAAGAGAGUGGGACCGAGAUAAGGUCAGAGACUUUAGCAAACCUGGAGAGGAGCGAGAACCAGGAGCCAGAAGAUCACGCUCACGAGACCGCGAAAGGCGGCGUAAAGAAAGGGGGAAGAGCAAAGAGAGGAAAGCUGAUAAAAAGGAAAAAGGGCCCGAGGAGCCACCUGCUAAACUUCUGGAUGACCUCUUCCGCAAAACCAAAGCGGCUCCAUGCAUAUACUGGCUCCCCCUCACUGAGGAGCAGGCAGCACAGAGGGCAGCGGCUCGUGCAGAGCGCAUGAGGGAACGAGAGAAGAGGAUAAAGGAGAUGGAAGAGGAGGAGGGUAAGAAACGUGAGGAGGAGCGGCGGGAGAGGAUGAAACCCAGCGGAGCUGCUGGAGGAGAAGGUGAGAGAGGCCGAGACAGAGAACGAGAGCGAGACAGGGGUCGAGAAAGGGAACGCGAAGGGGACAAGCGGAAAGAGGGUUACCGUAGGCCUGGAGUAAACAGUGCAAGCGGCAGCAGAAGGUCACGGAGCCGUAGUGACCCUCCACCCAGAGAUCGACGACGCUAAGGGACGUCUGGAACUGUCCAGUUUGUAUCCCCUUUUCUUGUAUGUGCUGUAACAGCUCUAUGCCUACCCUCCUGAGGACCAACUCAGACUUCAUACAAACACACAUGCACACACACACACACACUCUGCGUAAAGACACACGGGUGCACACACUCACUCUCAAUGGGACCACGGUGGUGCUGUGUCUCCAUGUAGACUUGUCUCGUUGUCUCUUGACUGGGCUUUAAGACUUCUGGUAUUCAUUUCCCCUCCUCAGUGUUAAUGAGCGUCCAGUAUAAGUGGGUCGGAUUGCAAGAUGACAUCCAGGUUUGGCAACGUCCUCCUCCUCCUCUAGUGUCAUGUCAACAGGCAUCUGAAGGAGCGAAGCUGCGUUUGGGAUGCUCAAAGUCCUGAUCACUACUUUGUUUUCCUCUUCUGUUUCCCUCACAUUCCUUGUAUCUCUUUUCGUUUUGUUCCCUGUCGUCUGCCUUCUAUCACCCCUUAGCAGUUACCAGGUUGCCAUGGAGAAUGGGAUGCAUAUUUAACCUUUUCACAUUUGGUUUUUAAUUUUUUUAUUGUUUUAGCCUAAAAGCUGAUAUGUUUUCUUUUAAAUUUUGUUUACUCCUGUAAGUGCUGAAUGUAAAAAUAAUAAAAACGUUACAUCUAAGAACUGAAAA